CGCUAGCUUGUCUGGUCCAUGACGGCUUCAUCUCUGCUUCAGCUGAAGAGCAAACCGACAUCAGCUGAGUUUGCAUGAAGUGUCAUCCUCUGGAGCUGAAGUGCAGGAAUCUCCCACCACUUUGAAUCCGCCACUAGCAUUUUACGAAGUUUCGCGUCACCGCCAGGCAAAUUGCAGCAACUGUCAUCUGUCGUAACCACAGAAACGGGGAAGAGGCAGAAGGAAAAAUAACAUUACAUCAAACCCGGCAAACAAAGAGGUCCUUUUUUCAACGGCAACAUUUUUCCUCCAUAUUCUAUAGUUAUGAGUCAUGUGGCCGUCGAAAAUGCCCACGGUCUAGAGCAGCAGCUCGCUGUCCUAGACUUGAGCGCUGCAGACGGACAAGGUGGAGGCACCAACAGGCGAUAUAUUCCUCCACACUUACGGAACAAAGACGUUUCCAAAAAUGGAAAUGCCUUCGCUGCUGGACGACAGGGCGGCUACACCAUCGCUCCUGCAACCAACUACGGUUGGGACGGGGGACGCAACAACUUCGUCAACGGCUACCACGACAAUCGCAUGACCGGCAACACCUUCAACCGCGGGCCGCCUCGCAUGGAGCGCGGCCGGGGCGGCGUCGGAGGAGGCGGUUACCGGGGCAACAGGGGGGGCUCCUUCAACCCCAUCAACCCAGCGCAGCCAAUGAGCUUUGACGCAGGUGGCUGGAACACCGCCAAGGACGCCUAUAGCAGCUUCGGCAAUAACCGAGGGAAGUCGGCGUUCUUCAACGACAGAGGAAACGCUAACAGAGGGAGGUUCGAGCAUGGUGGAUUUGGUGGCGGAGGAGGAGGAGGAAACAGCCGCUGGGUGGAAGAGUCCCGAGAUGACGGAGACUGGUCCAAACCGACGCCACGCAACGAACGCCUUGAACAUGAGUUGUUCUCCGGCAGUAACACUGGCAUUAACUUUGAGAAAUACGACGACAUUCCUGUUGAGGCUACAGGACAGAACUGUCCUCACCACAUCGAGAGUUUCCAGGACGUGGACAUGGGUGAGAUCGUCAUGGGGAACAUCGCUUUGAGCCGCUACACCAGACCAACUCCUGUCCAGAAAUAUGCCAUUCCUAUCGUCAAGUCCAAGAGAGACCUCAUGGCCUGUGCACAGACAGGUUCUGGGAAGACGGCGGCAUUCCUGCUGCCAAUCCUCAGCCAGAUCUACGCUGAUGGACCAGGAGAAGCUCUGAACGCAGCUAAAGCCUCUGGGCAGGAGAACGGAAAGUUCGGCCGUCGCAAGCAGUACCCCAUCUCUCUGGUCCUGGCUCCGACCAGAGAACUGGCCCUGCAGAUCUAUGACGAAGCCAGGAAGUUUUCCUACCGCUCCAGAGUGCGUCCCUGCGUAGUUUACGGAGGAGCAGACAUCGGCCAGCAGAUCAGAGACCUGGAGAGAGGCUGCCAUCUGCUGGUGGCCACACCUGGAAGACUGGUGGACAUGAUGGAGAGAGGCAAGAUAGGACUGGACUACUGCAACUACCUGGUCCUGGAUGAGGCGGAUCGAAUGCUGGACAUGGGCUUUGAGCCGCAGAUACGACGCAUCGUUGAGCAGGACACCAUGCCGCAUAAAGGCAUCCGACAGACCAUGAUGUUCAGCGCCACCUUUCCUAAAGAGAUCCAGAUCCUAGCGAGGGAUUUCCUGGAGGAGUACAUCUUCCUGGCCGUGGGCAGAGUGGGUUCCACCUCGGAGAACAUCACUCAGAAAGUGGUGUGGGUGGAGGAGAGCGAUAAGAGGUCUUUCCUGCUGGACCUGCUCAGCGCUACGGUCAUCCCCAGCGAGGUACAGGACAGUACUGGAGACAACAUAGAGAAACCCGGCAAGGACUCGUUGACUCUGGUUUUUGUGGAGACCAAAAAAGGCGCCGACGCCUUGGAGGACUUCCUGUACCGGGAGGGCUACGCCUGCACCAGUAUCCAUGGCGACCGUUCCCAGAGAGACCGAGAGGAGGCCCUGAACCAGUUCAGAUCAGGAAAAUGCCCCAUUCUGGUGGCGACGGCGGUCAGUACACAUAAAAUCCUGGUAGAUGCACCGAAAACAUUGUUUCAUGAGAGCGGGAAAACGACACACAUGUACCAGUUCGAGCAUGGUGGAUUUGGUGGCGGAGGAGGAGGAGGAAACAGCCGCUGGGUGGAAGAGUCCCGAGAUGACGGAGACUGGUCCAAACCGACGCCACGCAACGAACGCCUUGAACAUGAGUUGUUCUCCGGCAGUAACACUGGCAUUAACUUUGAGAAAUACGACGACAUUCCUGUUGAGGCUACAGGACAGAACUGUCCUCACCACAUCGAGAGUGUAAGCUGCUCCUGUUCGCUGGGGAUCCAGCAGUACUAG